GGCCUGGAGACCGCCUCCCGUUGUCCAGAGUACUGGUGAAGAAGCAGCAAUGGAUUCCUUAGACCAUAUGCUGACGGAUCCUCUGGAACUUGGUCCAUGUGGAGAUGGCCACGGCACCAGGAUUAUGGAGGACUGCCUAUUGGGAGGCACCAGGGUCAGCCUGCCUGAAGACCUUCUGGAGGAUCCUGAGAUAUUCUUUGAUGUUGUCAGCCUCUCAACAUGGCAGGAAGUACUAAGUGACUCUCAGCGUAAGCACCUACAGCAGUUUCUGCCUCACUUUCCCACAGACAGCAUGGAACAGCAGAAUGAGCUCAUUUUAGCCUUGUUCAGCGGAGAGAACUUCCGCUUUGGAAACCCUCUGUACAUUGCCCAGAAGCUCUUCCGAGAUGGAUAUUUUAACCCUGAGGUGGUCAAGUAUCGGCAGCUGUGCUUCAAGUCACAGUACAAGCGAUACCUCAACUCGCAGCAGCAGUAUUUCCAUCGGCUGCUAAAACAUAUUCUUGCUUCCCGGAGUGAUCUGCUGGACAUGGCCCGCAGGAGUGGCCCAGCUGUUCCUUUCUGGCAGAAGCGCCCUUCACCAUCCCGCAGCCCUGAGGAGCGGGAGUGGCGGACCCAGCAGCGCUACUUGAAGGUCUUGAGGGAAGUGAAGGAGGAGUGUGGUGACACAGCUCUAUCCUCUGAUGAAGAGGCCACGUUGGAUUUACAAGAAAAAUUUUCUUUUGAAGAUCUCAGCUCAUGGCUUCCAAGCUCUCCAGCACGUUCUCCUAGUCCUGCGGUGCCCCUGAGGGUGGUGCCCACACUUUGCACCAUGGAUAUGAAAACUGCAGAUAAAAUAGAACUUGGGGACAGUGACCUGAAGAUAAUGUUAAAGAAGCACCAUGAGAAGCGGAAACAUCAACCAGAUCACCCGGAUCUUUUGACAGGGGAUCUGACCCUCAGUGACAUCAUGACUCGAGUCAAUGCUGGCAAGAAGGGCUCUCUAGCAGCCUUGUAUGACUUGGCUGUCCUUAAAAAAAAGGCCAAGGAAAAAGAGGAAAGGAAGAAGAAGAAAAUAAAACUGAUCAAAUCAGAGGUAGAGGAUUUGGCUGAGCCUCUAAGCAGUACUGAAGGGGUUCCAUCUCUCUCACAAGCCCCGUCUCCGCUGGCAAUACCUGCUGUAAAGGAAGAGCCCCUGGAAGACCUCAAGCCUUGCCUGGGAAUCAAUGAGAUAUCUUCUAGUUUUUUCUCUCUUCUGUUAGAGAUCUUGCUGUUGGAGAAUCAGGCUAGCCUUCCUAUGCUGGAGGAGCGCGUUCUGGACUGGCAGUCAUCUCCAGCCAGUUCCCUCAACAGCUGGUUUUCUGCAGCCCCCAACUGGGCUGAGUUGGUGUUGCCUGCCCUGCAGUAUCUUGCUGGAGGAAGCCGAGCUGUUCCUUCUAGUUUCACUCCAUUUGUUGAAUUCAAGGAGAAAACCCAACAGUGGAAAUUACUUGGUCAGUGCCAGGAUAAUGAAAAGGAGUUAGCUGCAUUGUUCCAGCUGUGGCUAGAGACAAAAGACCAGGCCUUCUGUAAGCAAGAAAAUGAAGACAGCUCAGAUGCGACAACACCUGUCCCUCGGGUAAGAACUGACUACGUGGUGCGGCCCAGCACAGGGGAGGAGAAGCGGGUGUUUCAGGAGCAGGAGCGUUACAGGUACAGCCAGCCCCAUAAGGCAUUCACCUUUCGCAUGCAUGGCUUUGAGUCUGUGGUGGGGCCAGUGAAGGGUGUGUUUGACAAGGAGACCUCCCUCAACAAGGCCCGGGAGCAUUCCCUGCUGCGCUCGGACCGACCUGCAUAUGUCACCAUCCUGUCUCUUGUUCGGGAUGCUGCCGCUCGGCUGCCUAAUGGAGAAGGCACACGGGCAGAAAUCUGUGAGCUGCUCAAGGACUCCCAGUUUCUUGCUCCAGAUGUCACCAGCACUCAGGUGAACACGGUAGUUAGUGGUGCACUGGAUCGCCUACAUUAUGAAAAAGACCCUUGUGUGAAAUAUGACAUCGGACGAAAGCUGUGGAUUUACCUGCACCGUGACCGGAGUGAGGAGGAGUUUGAGCGGAUUCACCAAGCACAGGCAGCUGCAGCUAAAGCCAGAAAAGCACUUCAGCAGAAACCCAAGCCUCCUCCUAAGAUGAAGUCUAGUAACAAGGAGAGCUCCAUGAAGGUCCUCAGCAGUGGCACUUCUGAGCAGAGCCAGAUGAGCCUCAGUGACUCCAGCAUGCCACCCACCCCGGUCACACCUGUAACCCCUACCACGCCAGCAUUACCUGCCACACCCAUUUCCCCUCCACCUGUGUCAUCAGUGAACAAAAGUGGUCCAACAACUGUCUCUGAACCAGCGAAGUCUAGCUCAGGGGUUCUUCUAGUAUCCUCACCAACAAUGCCACAGCUAGGAACGAUGCUUUCCCCAGCUUCCAGCCAGACUCCACCCAGUUCUCAGGCCACUGCCAGAGUUGUGAGUCACUCUAGCUCUGCUGGGCUGCCCCAGGUACGAGUAGUGGCCCAGCCCAGCCUUCCUGCAGUCCCCCAGCAACCAGCAGGGCCUGCACCAACACUGCCACAGAUGCCAGCAGGACCUCAGAUCCGGGUGCCAGCCACUGCCACACAGACCAAAGCUGUGCCCCAGGCUGUCAUGGCCACUGUUCCAGUCAAAGCGCAGACUGCAGCAGCCACUGUGCAGCGGCCUGGCCCUGGGCAGACAGGGCUCACGGUGACAAAUCUUCCUGCUGCAGCCAGCCCUGUGAGCAAGCCAGCUUCGAGUUCUCCUGGGAGCUCAGCUCCAAGUGCCUCCACAACUGCUGUCAUUCAGAAAGUCACAGGACAAAACAUCAUUAAGCAGGUGGCUAUCACUGGACAGCUUGGUGUGAAGCCGCAGACUGGCAAUAGCAUUCCACUCACAGCCACUAACUUCCAUAUCCAGGGUAAGGAUGUGCUGCGGCUGCCACCCUCUUCCAUCACCACAGAUGCCAAGGGCCAGACGGUUCUACGGAUCACUCCAGACAUGAUGGCCACGUUGGCCAAGUCCCAGGUUACCACUGUCAAACUGACCCAGGACCUCUUUGGGACAGGAAGUGGCACUGCAGGCAAAGGCAUUUCUGCUACCUUACAUGUCACCUCCAACCCCGUGCAUGCUGCUGAAAGCCCGGCCAAGCCCAGCUCUGCCAGUACAUCUGCAUCCACCCCAGCUGGUACUACUGUGGUCAAAGUGACGCCUGACCUUAAGCCAACAGAAGCCUCGAGUUCAGCCUUUCGCUUGAUGCCGGCCCUUGGUGUGAGUGUGGCAGAUCAGAAGGGAAAAAACACAGUGGCCUCCUCAGAAGCAAAACCAGCUGCCACAAUCCGCAUCGUGCAGGGCCUAGGUGUGAUGCCUCCCAAAGCAGGCCAGACCAUCACUGUUGCAACCCAUGCCAAGCCAGGGGCCUCGGUAGCCAGUGGGUCUGGAACGGUCCAUUCUUCAGCAGUGUCUUUGCCCAGUAUGAAUGCUGCCAUGUCCAAGACUGUGGCUGUGGCUUCUGGGGCUGCAAGUACCCCCAUCAGCAUCGGGACAGGAGCCCCGACUGUGCGGCAAGUCCCUGUCAGCACCACAGUUGUGUCCACGUCCCAGGCUGGGAAGCUGCCUACACGUAUCACAGUCCCGCUCUCUGUGAUUAGCCAACCAAUGAAGGGCAAGAGUGUGGUCACAGCCCCCAUCAUCAAAGGCAACCUUGGAGCCAACCUCAGUGGGUUGGGCCGCAAUAUCAUUCUUACUACCAUGCCAGCAGGUACAAAGCUCAUUGCUGGCAAUAAACCUGUUAGCUUCCUCACUGCCCAGCAGUUGCAGCAGCUUCAACAACAAGGUCAGGCCACACAGGUGCGCAUCCAGACUGUCCCUGCAUCCCAUCUGCAGCAGGGCACAGCUUCUGGUUCCUCCAAAGCUGUCUCCACUGUUGUUGUGACCACAGCUCCGUCUCCUAAACAGGCACCUGAACAGCAGUGACUGUGAGAGAGGUGGUUUCUGUAAGGGACCACACCUGAUUCAUUCUGGCUGAAAGGAAGAGAGCAGGGGAUUGCAUCUUCUUCCGAGCUUGUCUGUCUGAGGCAGGCCAGGGGGAGGAUGAAGGCAGGAGUGGCCUAGAUUCUGCUGCCACGCUCCAAGUAGAGUCCCAAGAAAAGUUCUCUCCGGGCUUCCUGACUCUGCCUUGUACCAGUCCAGGGGAAGGUUCUGGUAGUAUGGGAGGUCACAGUUAACAGCAUACAAGCCAAAGUUCUCUCCUAAGAGUAGGGAAGGCUUACCGGUUACACAGUGGGCAGGCAGUGAAUGAGCCUUGUUCUAUGUGACAGUUGUAUUUUUUAACUUCUAGUCUUUAUGACUCAAGGUCUUGAUAUGAGAUUUGUGUCCGGAAAAUUUUGUGUAACUUAUUUUUUUAAAGAACCCAUUGUAUAUCUUUGUCAAAUUAAAAUCUGGGCUGUAGCCCCUUCCCCCAAACGGAUUACUUGUUAAAAUAGCAAGAAUUUUGUUAAGUUGGGGGCUGACUUGAUAAUUACAGGGUUGUAAGAUGGGGAAAACAUGUAGGAAGUGAGGUGAUACGCAUUCCCUGAAACAGGAUUAGUUUGGCACUGCCUCUUAAGAUGGCACUGGGACUAAUUGUGGUCCCUGCUUUCACCUGCCAACAUUGUCCAUGGCAAACCCAUUCCCAUGAAGUCCAGAGCUGUGGACAGAGCAUAGAGCAGUGAUAGUGACAGCACAGACUUGUUAGUUCAGACAGGAAUCACAAACUAGGUCCUUGGUGUAGGCCACUGGUUUUUGUAAUCAAAAUUUUAUUGGAACAGUCUGUCCCCAUCCAUUUAUGUAGUAUCUAUGGCUGCCUUCAAAUUAGAAGGCAAAAUUGCUGGAUGCCAUAGAGACUGGAUGGCCCUUAUUCCCAAACUGUUUCUUCUAUAUACUUUUGAGAAUAAACCUUGUUGACCCCUGCUCUAAAGGGUAGUUAGCAGGAUGAGGGCUUAGGUGUGCAAGGUCAGGUGUUGCCUGGCAUUCCUACUUCAGAAGAGGUCAGUCUGUGUUUGAAGUCAUUUAUUCCUAGCUGUUUCCCACUUCAUAGCUCUGUCAGCUAUAGGAGAGCUCAGGAUAAGUCUUAGAAAGUCCUAAGUACAGAAGGCACUGGUGGAUGACAGUGUACAGCUCUCGUUGUGGGGCAGAGGUAAUGAAUGGGCCAACUUUUCUGCAGUGACAGCAUUUCCCUAUCUCGAAAGUGUCCAAAUUAUUAAAAUUUUGUCUUUAAUCCACAGAAUGUGAUUAUUUUUUGUGGGGUGUGGGUGGGGAGGUAAGUAGAAAUGGCCUGAUUUAGAUGGUAGCUGAACCAAGGUUGGGUGAUUGGGCAAGUUGCGAAGAGUGGCUUAUUGGUUACCCUGUGAUUUUACUAUUUCGUUUGGUUCUUAAAUUCUGUCAAAUAUAUGUCAUCAGCCUCCUGUUAACUGUGUGAAGGUGGGAGUCUUGAGUUGAAAAAGAGAGCAAGGUGAAAACCUAAUCGUCUGAUCCCAAGUUCCUUUUCUGCUGGCUUGUAUGGGGAGGUGGCUGGGAUGUGCUUCAGUGAGCCUUGGGACAAUCAGAGUUGGGAGGUGGAAAACUGAUUCCAAAGAGCUAGGGUGAUACAGGGUAAGAGUGAGCUCUCGAUGGGUGUGGAGGACUGGCUCAGGAAUAAGUGAGGGCAAGGUGCGAGAUGGGGACUUUGGUGAGGAGAGGGCCUUUUACCUGAGGAAAGGAGAGUCCAUCUGUGUUUUACAGUACUCAGAUGUGUACAUCAUUGUUACUUACAGAGUCAUAUUUCACAGAAGCCAUGUUACUAUUUCUAAACAAGAGAAAAGAAAUUUGAGAUAUCCUGCCUCAGAUAUUACUGCUAGUUAAAAACAAAUCCCUUCUCUAUUUAACAAAUGAUCCCACAGAAAAGUAGCUGUGGUACUCAGCUUCAGCUCUAUCCACCCUUUUAUGUACUCUGCCUGUCUGCUGUAUGUUGCCAACAUGUGUGACCUUGAAAGCAAAUAUCAUAUACAGCCCACAGGCCAUUUCAGGAUAUCGGGGUGGGGCUGCUCCCCGAGAAGUUGGGGAAUGGUGUGGGUGGGAGCCCCACCUGGAAUUGCUCCCGGUGAUGGUACCGAUGUUGGCACCCACAUGCUUGUUGUGUGCAGACCUUAGCGCUUCAGGCAACGGGCUGUUGUGCUGGGUGUUUUGCAGGGAGCAAUUCCUGUAGAGUUGCUGGUGGCAGUCACUGAGUGUCUAGGCUGUGGCUGGCAGAUGUUAAAAUUACUCAGACCACAUGCCCAAGACAAGAUUUGAUGAAUACUUUAAUAGCACAUUUGAGCAUGUUUAUGCCAGGGUUCAUCACUUCCAUGAUGGUAUCCCAAACCAAGCUGUGUGAAGGGCACUGAAAGAAAUUAAAUAUUUUAUACUUUGGACUUACUCUGGAGAAUACAUUUCCUUAAAAUAUUUUUCCCUUGAAAAAUGUCACGUGUAUCUUUUCUAUGAAAGUAAAGCAGAGAACUGUUCAUCUUCUCCAAUCC